CCAAAUUUGCCCCGAAUUUCCCCAGCCCUGCUGAGCCCGGCCUGCGCCAGCCUCUGCCUGCAGGGGGCGCUCUGGGCCCUGCACCGCAGCCAAUCGCCUUCCUGCGCCCGCUUCUGCCACGCCCUGAUUGGCUGCCUCAGCCAGGACAGCCCCGCCCACGACCAGAGCCCUCUGCUGACGUCACUGCAGGACCCCGACCGGUCCCGCCUCCUGGAGGCGGCCAUGACAGUCCUGGACCCCCCGGGGCUCCGGGAGCUCUUCCGGGGUCACCUGCGGGGUCACCUGAGGGGCGUGGCCUCGCACCGAGUGGCCAAUCACGGCCUGCAGCGGCUCCUUGACCACGCCCCUGAAGAUGUGGUGUCGGAGGUGCUGUCGGAGCUGGGCCCCGCCCUGGAGGAGCCGCUGGCCCGGGGCCACCCCGGGGUGGUCCUGGCCCUGCUGGGGGCGGCCCAGAGACACCCCCGGCUCCAGGGGGAGGCGCUCCGGUGGCUCUUCCAGGCCCUGCGCUGCUGGGCCCCGCCCCACCACCCCCAGUGCGUCACCGCCCUGGCCCAGCUCCGCCCCCUGGAGGGCGGGGACAGCGAGAAAGGGGCGGAGCCUGAGCCCCUCCUGGUGUCGCCGUGCGGUUCCCGCGCUCUGCAGUCGCUCCUGCACUUCCGGGACCCCUCCCCCGUGCUGCGCGCGCUGCGGGCGCUGCCCCGCCCGGCGCUGCCGGCGCUGGCCCGGAGCGGCCCCGGGAGCCGCCUCUGGGACGCGAUUUUGGCCUCCAAAACCGUCCCCAAACCCGCCAAAAAGCGGCUCCUGAAACGCCUCCAGGGGCACUGGGCGGCGCUGGCCAAGGAUCGCAGCGGGAGCCGAGUGCUGGACACGGCCUGGGCCUGCAGCCCCCUCCCCCAGAGGGUCCUGAUGGCCGCUGAAUUGGCCCCCCACCUCCCGGAGCUGCUGCGGGACCCCCUCGGCCGCGGCGCCGCCCGGACCCUGGGCCUGGAGCUCUUCCGCAGGGACCGCCCCCGGUGGGAGGGGCUACACAGGGGGCGGGGCCUGCCGCUCUGACCACGCCCCCUCCAUGAUCACCCCGGCCCCGCCCACUCUAAAUUAUUUUUAUUAAAAUUUUAAUUUUAUUUUUAA